AUGGCUGUGGGGCCAAAGCUUUUUUACAGCCUUCCAGAGCUUUCUGCUCGGUUCAUGAGAAAGAUUGCUUUGCACCAAGAGUGCAUGGACGAGUUUGCCAGCCGGAGCGAAUUUGAAGAACGUGCAACACCAUAUCACUUUGCAAAUGCGCUGGCAAUUCUUAAAGCCAGCGGCAAAAGAGAAGCAGCCAAAGAGCUGUUUGAGGAGGCAACCGACCUCAAGUGGAAUGGCAAGCCUGCCAUAUCGUGGCAUUGCUUGGAGCAGACCCCAGCGGUGCACAUCCAGGGCUUGGAGCACCAAGCCUUUUGGGAUGAGCCGCCACCUUUGGCCAAGCUCCUGGAGGACAACUACGAAGACGUAAGGAAAGAUCUUCAAGAGAUGCAAGACUCCUGGGGGUCUUCUGUUCCUGCCUAUCCGAAUCUGGUGGAGACAUCUCAAGGCGCUUGGGAUAUGAUUCAACUCUACAGCUCACGGACAUGGAAUGCAGAUGCUUGUGAGUUGAUGCCUCGCACGAGCCGGUUUCUGCAGAAGCAUUUGCCAACGGCAGACGAGGUGGUGUUGUUUCUUCUUACUCCAGGUAGCAAGGUGCGCUUGCACAAUGGUGGCAGCAAUGCGCCCAUCAACCUGUCCCUGGGUUUGACUGGAAGCGCUGGUGCCUUUCUUGAGGUUGCUGGUGAGGUGCGUCCCUUCCGAGAUGGCCGUGUUGUCGCCUUCGAUGAUGGAUCGGAUCAUCGAGUCUGGCAUGAUGGGCCUGAGGACCGCUGGGUGUUGGUUUGCCGCAUGAUGCACCCGCAGCUGGCCCAGGCGCCCGGCCGCUUCUUCUGCCGUGCCUGGACGCGGCGCACCUGCUUCGAGACCUGGGACGAUGCGCGGCACGCGGAGCUCGAAAAGAGUGGCAGGAGCGAGGUAUUUGGUGCGGGAAAAGAUCAAAAGAACACUUAG